UAUUCUUCCCAGCUAUUAGAGAUUAGGGGUCAGAUUUAGAGAAGUGGAGGUCUGGAUGGAAGACGGACUUCCUCCAAGUCUCCCAGGGUCCUGUGAGCGCAGUCCAGAGCAGACUCGGCCGAGCGGACACUCCGGCCGCUGUCCCGCGGUCUUUCCGACUCUCGGUGCUCUUGUCUGGGCAGAUGAAGGACCGGUAUGGAGACCUGAGCACGAUCUACCUGGGCCGGACGCCCGCAGUCCUCCUCAACGGGAUCGGCGUGACCAAGGAGGCGCUGGUGCACAGGGGGGCGGAGUUCGCCGGGAGGCCGAGUAUCCCUGUGCUGGACUGGAUCAUCAACGGGCUGGGCAUCCUCAUGGCUCCCUAUGGGGACUCCUGGAAGCAGCAGAGGAGGUUCUCCCUCGUCACGCUGCGCAACUUCGGUCUGGGCAAGAGGUCCCUGGAGGAGCGGAUUGCAGAAGAAGCCAAGUGCCUCAUCCAGGAGCUCGAGGAGCAAGGAGGACAGCCUUACAAUCCCCAGUUCCUCUUCCACAACGCGGCCUCCAACAUCAUCUGCUCCAUUGUGUUUGGCAACCGCUUCGAUUACAGCGACGAGGCGUUUGUGCGUUUGCUGCGCAUCAUGAAUAACAACGCCUACCUGACGGGAUCACCCAUAGCCCAGCUCUUCAACGUGGCUCCCUUCAUCAAGCACUUUCCCGGACCCCAUCAGAAGAUCCAGCAGAACGCCAGGGAGGUGCUGGAGUUCGUGGGGGAGGCUGUGAAGCAGCACCGUGACACCCUGGACAGGGACAACCUGCGAGACUUCAUCGACGCCUACAUCGUGGAGAUGGAGAGGGUACAGGCUGGCUGGGGCUCUCUGACCAAAUCAAUAGCUUCACUUUUGUUUUUCUUAAUUGCUGGGUCCUAG